AUGGAAGAAAGGCGCAAGUCGGCAUGCGCACGCGAGCAACAUAGACAGUCUGUGAAAGCAGGAGACAUUUCUCGCCCCUACGUGCGUCUCUCAGCCUCGCAGGGUUCUCGAUCCUCUGCCUUCUCUGGUCGUUUGUCUCCUUCGGUCUCUGCGGUUUCCGCGGGAGGACGGGCGUCUUUCUCGCCUUCCGCUUCUCAGUUUCGCGGCGGAUUUCCCCUUUUUUUCAUUCCUGCUGGUCGCGGGCCAGCGGCCGCCUCUCAAGCCUUUGGAGACGCGGCAGACGCGUACUUUCUUCGGCAUCUCGGGACCGACGCGAGCGUCGAGGGCGAGGAAAGGGCCGUUUCGCCUGUCACCGAGUCGUCCCCUGUGCGCUGCCUUUCUUCAGCCCCCCCCGUCGGCACUCCUGAAUCAGAAGAGGAACACUUUUUGCUUCAUCUGGAGGCUGAGGGCGCGGGCGCAGCGACGCCGGAGACAGCAACGGACCCGCAGGAGGCGGCAACAAGUGUGGAAUUGCGAGACUCGAAAGACGAAGGCCAACGUCAGACUCUCACGGAAAAGCUCAGAUGGACGUGGCUCUUGACAUGGAAAGUUCUUCAGCUCUUUGCCGUCGCUUUGCCUCUCGCCAUCUGUGCAGGGGUCGUGGUGCUCGCCUUGUCGGGCGUGCGCCACGUGUGGGGUGCGGAGGAGACUCCUGAGGGCCCUUCCGACACUCGGCGCCCGGGAAGGGAGACAGUUCAAGAGACUCUCGAGCGAGCGCUGUUCCAGAUGAUCGGAGCCGCCGCCUCUGCUGCGGGGCCCACCUACGUCAAGUGCCUGCAGCCAUCUGUGGACAUCGGGCGCGGCAGCCCCAGGCAGGAACACAGCUUUCAGCGGCAACCUGCAGACGGCGCCUUCGCUUUCCCGCACGUCGCGCUUCUUCUCAAGUCCAGAUUCGGCGACAACUGGAAAGAGGAACUUCUUCUCGACCCUAAGCCUGUCGGCAGCGGCUGCAUCGCUGUCGUGUUUCGCGGGCUCCUGCGCCUUCACGUGCACCCCGACGAUCCAACCCACCGCCGCUUUCUCUCUCAGGCGUUCUACGCCUUCGACGCGCCGCCGGAAGACUCCGGACCCGCACCUCCCGAGCCUGCCACGCAUGCACAGACCGCCGGAGCAGGGGCGGUGGCCGUGGCGGGCACCUGCGCGGGCCUCGCGGCUGCCCCUGGCGCUGCGGGCGCGUUGGGCUCCACUGUCUCUUCGGGCGCGUUGGGCUCUACUGUCUCUUCGGGCGCGGCUCCCGGUGUGGCUGGCGCUCUUGCGGUCGGAGCGGCGGCUCUCGCUGCAGAAGGGGCGACGAAGCUCAGCGAGGCCGCAGUUUCAGAGACGCAGGCAGAGGACAGCGGAGGGGAACAGAGAUGCGGGAAAGCAGGAGGCAAGGGAGAGCGCGCGAGCGUCGCGCCGACGCGGCGCCACUGUCCAGGCCUCGAGAGAGAAGACACAAGCAGCGAUCGGGUAGAGUGGUCGCGGACGGACAGCGACGGAGGGGAGAGAAAGAAGGCAGGGGCGGGUCCGAGAGAAAGCGAUGCAGGGAGUCGAGGCGUGCAAGGCAGUCCUACCGAGGAGACGCUCUGGAUGUGUGUGGCUGUGAAAGCUGUCAAACCCGGCACCCGAGACUCCAUGAGUGCAGAUCUUGUUAUUCUCCAGACUCUCGCGAAGAUCGUCGAAAGUCUCCCAGGCAUGCAAUGGCUUAACCUCUCCCCUGGCGCCGCGGAAUUCGCAGAGACAAUGCAAAACCAACUCAAUCUGGAGACAGAAGCGAGGAACCUGCUGCGGUUUCGCCGCGACUUCGAUCUGCCUUCCCCGUCCUUUCCUUCUUCUCUCUCUCCGCUAUCUUCCUCUUCCUCCCCUCCUGCCAUCUCUACCUCUUCUUCCUCUCCUUCUUCCUCUUCUUCCUCUCCGUCUUCCUCUUCUUCCUCUCCUUCUUCCUCUUCUUCCUCUCCUUCUUCCUCUUCCUCUUCUAUCUCUCCUUCUUCCCCGCCUUCUUCCUCCCUUUUCUCUCCUUUGUUUCUGUGGAUGGCGAGUUUGCUUCCUUCGAUGCCAGUUUCAGAUGCGGCGCCUUCGGCUCCUCCGGGCGUCUCGUUCCCUCUGCCUGUUCUGCCGCUGUGUGCCCCGGACUUGCUGGUGAUGACCCUGGAAGAAGGCCUUCCUCUGGACCUCCUUCUUCGCUUCGCGAACGAACGCCAAAGAGAGAAGACCCGCGCCGCGCACACAGCCAGUGCGGGAGAGAGCCUUCCAGCGCCACGCGCCGGAAGAUUUGCUGCGGUGUCGGCAUCAAAGGGAACGCGCGCGAAAGACGCCCACGACAGGAAGAGAGAAUUCGACAGAGAAGGGCGUCCAGGAACAGCAGGAGACGGCGAGCGGGAGAGACUUGAACAAGGGCAAGGAGACAGCGUGCGACAGGAUCAGAGGCGCGAGGAAGCGACGGGGAGAGGCGACGGAGACGCUGAGACAGAUGCAGGGACCAGCUUUGAGGCGGAGCUCGUGAGAGCUGCGAAGCUGGCCUCGCGACAAGUAGAUGAGAACCGGGAGCGCAUUGGCCUCGCCACCCUGCAUGCGUUUCUGAAAAUGCUGCUCCUGAACAACUUCCUGCAUGCGGAUCUUCAUCCCGGCAACGUAUUGCUUCGCCGGGGGCGCUCGCUGUUGCCUCUCGAGCCUCCCGCGCUGCACGCGCCUUGCCCCGCGGAGCCCGAGGACGGCGGAGCGGAAGGCAGCAGCGCUGGACGCGUUGGACAGCUGCAACUUGUCUUUUUGGAUUCCGGUUUGGCUGCGUCGCUCGAUGGGCCGGACUUUGAAAAUUUUCUGUUGCUUCUGAAGGCGGUCGCCCUCGCGAGAGGAGAGCAAGCCGGGCGGCUGCUCGUGGAGCGUGCGCGGCGAAAACUCGCCGAUUCCGACGCCGAAGCCUUCAUUCGCGCUGUCUCGGAUGUGGUGAAAAAGUACCAUUACCAGGACGGCGAAGGCUUUUUCCUGGCCGCCGCGCAGCUCGGAGAAGUUUUCUCAAAAAUGUUCGAACUGAGUCGCCAGCACCGCGUUGUCUUGGACAGCCAAUUUGCAAAUGUCUUUUUGGCCAUAAGCAUCUUGGAAGGCGUGGGCAAGCAGCUGGACCCGAACGUGGACAUUCUAAAGACGGCUCUGCCAUACACGAUCCAAGCUGUGAAAAAGUUGUAUUUGUCAAAGAGGGGGCGAGUGGCCAGGGGCGCGAGAGAGAACGUUUCGGACGAAGCCUCCUGA